CGUUCGAUGAGAAGAACCUCAUACUCUACGUCACAAUCUUCCAAAUCUUCCGUAUCUGGUUGAUACCGUUCUACUACGCGCCAGUGCGACUUACCACCGUUUUGUACCUCCGUCGGUCGGCCUCUCCGCCCACGUAUGCUUCCAUCGCCGCUUCUUCGUCCACAUCCUCUUCCGAAACCAAACCAAAUCACUCUCUACUCGCAGACGUGACCUCGCAGAACUCAACUUCACCAUCCAACACCUCGUCAAAACCCCUCUACCAUAUCUCCAAGCAAGACGAUCUGUACCAAGUCGACCAGUGGAUCCGCUUCAUUGCACCGGGCGCGUGGAUGUUGAUCUGGUUGUGGCAGGUCUGGGCGACGAUAUUCUGUGUUGCGGGUACGGUGCUACUUUGGCCUGUGACGUGGGUGGAGGAGAAUUGGGGGUGGGGUAGUGUAGGAGUAGGGGGGAAAGGAGUGGCGAAGAUGGAGGUUGAGAAGGCGGGGAGUAAAGAGAGUGAGGUUAGCGUUGAUGGGUUGGAGGAGAGUGAGGUUUUGGGGAGGAGUGGGUUGAGGGGACGGAUUGUGGGGUGA